GGAGCUGCUGCUGUAGCGGCUGCGGGGCGCGCUCGCCGCCGGUUGGUCCACUUGGUCCAGCGCGCCCUGCAAACCGGUUCAGCUUCACUGCGGAGGUUCUGGCGCUGCCCUGCUCCGCUAGUUUAUCGGCCUGCAGCGCCAGAUCCAGCGCUCCUCAUCUCACUCAGACGUUCGUGUUGUUUUGUUGCGGGUUUAAACGCCGCGGUGCCGCUUUUGGGACGGUGUGAUGCUGCGAUGACUGACUGCAGAGGCAGAAACUGGCCUGAGCUGGAUGAAGUCUUGUCCUGACACAGAAACCGACUAACCUCCUUUUCCCAAAGCUGGAAAAAUGAAGUCUUUUUUCAGCGAGACGGACAUUAAGAGCUCCUGGGACCACGUUUUCUCGGCAUUUUGGCAGAGAUACCCCAAUCCCUUUAGCACCCACGUUCUGACGGAGGAUGUAGUGUAUCGGAGCGUGACGGCAGACCGCCGGCUCAUCACACGGCGCCUCCUGACCAAAACUAACCGCCUCCCGCGCUGGGCUGAGAGGUUCUUCCCCGCCAACCUUUCACGCAGCGUGUACGUUCUAGAAGAUUCAGUGGUGGACCCUGGCAGCAAGAGCCUCAGCACAUACACCAGGAACCUUAAUCACGCCACACUUAUGACGGUUACAGAGCGAUGUGUAUUCAGAGAAUCUGCGGGUCAUCCAUCAUGGACACAGCUUAAGCGUGAGGCCUGGGUCACCUCGAGUGUGUUUGGCUUCUCCAGAGCCAUACAGGAGUUCGGACUGGCUCGCUUUAAGAGUAACCAACUGAAGGCCAUGAAGGGGCUGGAAUACGCACUGGCUAAUUUACACGGAGAUGGUCAGCAGUGGCCCCUGAGGGCCUCUGUCAGAGAGGCAUCUGAGAAAGCAAGGGAAGCGGCUCUCGCUGCCACAGAAAGAGCCAAACACCUUGCUUCAGCUGCCGCACCACAGAAACCACAACAGUAUGUGUGACGGACACACACACACGCACAGGACUGGGCUGAAAACCACACACACAGUCCCGAUACUAGGCUAAAAUCAUCUGAUCUGAUCGAGUGAUAAUCCUGCAAAAAUCAAUAACACCCCCAACUCCCCCCUCCCCCACUCAAACUGUACUGUGAUCUGUGACUUUGAGCCUUACUGUGAUCAGCUGAGAGAGUGUGAGUGUGUGUGUGUGUGCGUGUGUGUGAGUUUGUGUGUGUGUUUGUGUGUGUGUGUGUGACUGCAGAAUGCUGACAGUGCAGUAACCAUCACUGCAGAACACUGCGCUGUAUCUGUACCUGAUGUGGUUUAAUGAAGUCACCAUGAAAUUUGCUGGAAAUAUUACAAUUAUGAGAAUUUAAAGUCAUGUUGGCAGCACUGAAAAUGAUUUAAUGAUGCAAAUGUACUAUUUAUUUAUCAGUAAUAUAUUUUAUGUGUAACUGCAACAGGAAACGAAAUGUUAACUUUGAGUAAUUAUAUCAAUGCAGCAAAUACACAAAUAAAACUAUUUCAGUUUACCUGGGCUUUUCAAAUAUUGCUCAUUUGAAAAUGUCUAAUAUAUUGUUCUAAAUGUACAUGCAAAUGUCAGUAAACAUAAAUUUAUACCUGUAAUUCAGUUUAGACUAAACAUUUAAUUUUACUCCUGAUGAGUGAUGUGGCCGUUCCUGUUACGACCAGCAGGAGGCGCCAAGUUUAGGUCUAAACUGGCUCUUCAUUUUGUUCAAAGGACAUGGCUGUUUAUUUCUUCACCCAGAGGAUCAUUACAUUCAGUCUUUUGGUCACAUGGCACUGUUAAUUUUCAACAAAACAACCGUGAAUCCAAAAAUGAAGUGUUCUGUUGGACGUUCAUGCAAAUAUAAUUGUACAUCAUUUAAUUUCAAUCAGAAUAAAUUCUGUGGAAUAUUU